AGUUGCGUUUCAACUGUUGACAAAUAAACUUGCUUUCAUUUUAUUUUCUGCUAUUUCAAUUGAUAACAUAAAGUACUGCUGGUCGUUUCAAAUUUUCAUGCAAACAGAAGUGACAUAAUAUCAAUUCAGUAGCGAAAAAAGAAUAAAAGUGUUGAAAAAUUCUUUCUAUCUAUUUUUCCGUCUUCUGCUCUUCUCCUGCUUAAAAUUUGUGCAUCAGCAAUUCAGCAUCAACUGGAUAUGUUCUACUGUCACCUUUAUUUAUAAGCCUUUAUCAUAUGAAAGCAUGAAUUGCGAAUAAAUGAUGACAAUAAAUUUCUAAUAAAUAUAUUUCAUAAGGAACAAAAAAAUUCCUUCCCUCAAGAUAUAAAAUAUUUUUGAUAAAAUUGCUUAUAAAAUUAUACAAAUCAAGCAAUGCAAGAAAAUAAAAGCAUGGAUCUCAAACAUUCACACAGCGUUGGAGACGUUUAUAUUUCGAAUAGCAAAUCAACAGAUCUCAUUAAGCCUGCUAAACCUGGAGAUAACCAAGAAAUAUCAGGUGGAUUCCAAGUUUAUAAACAAAGAUGGAUUGUUUUAGCAAUUUUUGUUCUUUAUUCGGCCUCAAACUCAAUGCAAUGGAUACAGUUUUCAAUUAUUGCAAAUGUAAUCGAGAAAUACUACGGAGUAUCAACAACAUGGAUCGAUUGGACAUCAAUGAUUUACAUGAUUCUCUACAUCCCUCUCGUAUUUCCAGGAAGCUGGAUAUUAGAUAAGCUUGGUUUAAGGAUCGCAGCAAUUUUUGGCUGUUUGGGUACAUGCCUGGGAGCAUGGGUGAAAGUUUUGGGAGUUCAACCAGAUCUGUUUUAUGUCGCUUUCAUUGGUCAAUCGAUUGUGGCUGUGUCACAAGUGUUCAUUCUGUCUCUCCCAGCAAAAUUAGCAGCAGUCUGGUUUGGUCCUAAUCAGGUUUCAUCUGCUUGCAGUAUUGGAGUUUUUGGGAAUCAGCUGGGUAUUGCUGUAGGUUUUCUUAUUCCACCAAUGCUGGUUAAAAAUCAUGACGAUCUAAACUUAAUUGGACGUGAUCUACUGUUCAUGUUUUAUUGCGUCGCAGGAUUUACAACUAUUCUUGCUCUGAUGAUAGUUUGCUUUUUUAAACGGGCUCCACCAACACCACCAAGUGCUAGUGCAGCAAUCGCUGAGCAACCUAAACCCAAUCAGUCUUCUCCAUUUCUUCAUUCUGUCAAGAAUCUUAUUCUCAACAUCAACUACACAAUGCUUUUGGUUUCGUAUGGUAUGAACGUUGGAGUAUUUUACGCAAUUUCAACAUUGCUAAAUCAAAUCGUUUUGUUUCACUAUCCCGGGGCCGAAGAGGAUGCGGGACAAAUUGGUUUGUGCAUUGUUGUUGCUGGUAUGAUGGGAAGCGUUUGCUGUGGCGUUAUUUUGGAUAAAACUCAUCGAUUCAAGGAAACAACUCUUGGUGUUUACAUAUGUACAAUGAUUGGAAUGGUGAUUUAUACAUUCACCCUUAACACUGGAUAUAUUUCAAUCGUCUAUUUAACAUCAGCACUUCUUGGCUUCUUCAUGACAGGAUAUCUUCCAGUAGGAUUUGAAUUUGCUGCUGAACUUACUUAUCCUGAACCUGAAGGUACCUCAUCCGGUUUAUUGAACGCUGGCGCCCAAGUUUUUGGAAUCACAUUUACUAUCCUUUAUUCUGAGAUUUUAAAAGGUUUUGGUGACAUUACCGCAAAUCUAGUCAUGGUUGCUUGUCUCAUUGUUGGUUCUAUUGUUACGAGCCUGAUAAAAUCAGAUUUACGCCGCCAGAACGCUCAUGCAUCAUCCUCACCAUCAGCGUAAAUUAUUUCUAUUCAAAAUCUAAACUCAAAAAAACAAUUUUAAAAUCAAAUAUUCCCUCAAAGAAAAUGAAGGGAUGUGAGAUUAUGUAAUUAAGUUUUCAUUAAUUAUCUAUUUUUGUGUUAAAUUUUAUGACUGUCGUUAUCUUUCAUAAGCAGUACAAAAGCGUAAUGAUCAGAACAUUUUCAUUUAAUGUUAUUUCCUCUUGCAGACACCAUAUUAUGAAAACUCAUAAGUAAUCGUGUUCCUUAAAUUUUGAUUUCUUUCUAGUUUCUUUGUUUCUAUUUCUUUCAUUUGUUCA